UGCGGUGGAGCAACGCACAAGAUGGCCACAGCGCACCUGCUGCGACGCGCCUCCUCCGCCUUCCACUCCACCUCGCGCUCCCCUCUCGUCCGCCGCUCCGGCCUCCAGCUCCGCGCCGCCAUGGCCUCCGCCGCCUCCCCCUUCCAGAAGAUCCAGAUCCAGCGUGAGGACACCACUUUUGAUGCCUAUGUUGUUGGCAAAGAAAAUGCUCCUGGAAUUGUGGUUUUGCAAGAGUGGUGGGGAGUUGACUAUGAGAUAAAGAAUCACGCGGUCCACAUUUCCCAACUUGGUGGAGGAUACAGAGCACUUAUUCCAGAUUUGUACCGUGGGAAAGUUGCUCUCGAUGUUGCUGAGGCACAACAUCUUAUGGAAGGUCUGGACUGGCAGGGUGCAGUCAAGGAUAUUCAGGCUUCAGUUAAAUGGCUCAAGACAAAUGGAUCCCCCAAGGUUGGUGUUACUGGCUAUUGCAUGGGAGGUGCUUUAUCAAUUGCAAGUGGAGUUUUAGUCCCAGAAGUUGAUGCUGUUGCUGCUUUCUAUGGAACACCAUCUUCUGAGCUUGCUGAUCCUUCUAAGGCUAAGGCGCCUAUCCAGGCUCAUUUUGGGGAGCAUGACAGUUUUAUUGGAUUUUCGGAUGUCACUGCGGCUAAGUCCCUAGAAGAGAAGCUCAAGUCCUCUGGGGUACCAUACGAAGUCCACAUAUACCCUGGAUGCUCGCAUGCCUUCAUGAACACGUCGGUGGAGGCCCUGAAGAGGAAGAAGGGAAUGGGUUUGACUGAUGAGAACCAGGAAGCCGUUGAUCUGGCCUGGUCUCGCUUCUCUGCUUGGAUGGGCCGUUUCCUCGGUUCCGCGUGAGCCGUUCUCCACUUCAUGGUGGUCUGUGAUAUAUGUGGAAUCAGGUCCUAUGAAUAAAGUGUUUAGAUCCAGGUUGCUGUAUCCAAACCAUACAAAUGGACUGGGUUCUAGUGCUGUCUGGACUUGGUUGUCAUGCUGUGGCUUGUGAAUGAACUGUGGUGCGUUUCUCUAA